AUGUGGCAGCCACACCCGCUGUUCAGACGAUCCAAAUGCGUCAACCCCAACCCCAACGACGAUGUCUGCGAGAAAUACACCAGCGUCUUUCUCACCACUGGUGUACCUUUACUCAUAAGUCUAUGCCUUUUUAUCAUCCUCGCCAUCGUCCUGUUCAUCAUCGUCCGCCGCAAGCGCCGCCAACGGCACGCCCAAGAAGCCGAGAAGAACCGCGAGAUCGACGACGACAACGGCGAUGUGGAACUGGUCGUCAACACGUACCCGAGGGAUCAGGCGUACAAACAUUUCGAGGCGCAGGAGACGGCUGGUGACGAGGGCCAAAGAACAGAUCAUCACCAAUUCGAGCGGGAUCUCGAGAGACAACAAGGCCACCACCUGCAGAGUCGAGAUGUGUCGCCGGUGGGACGAUGA